AUGGAUAACGUAUCCGAGGCAGAGGAACUGAAGCGAUGGCUACACGAGAUCAGAGGGCAGUCAAGCGAUCGGCCUUACCGUGCUAUGCACGAGGCCCUGGCCGAUGAUCUCAUCACCGCUCUGUACGAAUACAACUCCGUCACGGUCGAAGAGCGCUGCGCUCCCGAUGUCACGCUACUCGUGGAUAUCAAAGUUCCUGGCCAGAUCUUCCACGGACUGGAAGAGGUCGCCCAAUACUUCGAGAGGAACCCCGGCAUUGUGUCAGAAGCGAUUACCAUCGUCGAUCGCUUUCGUAUUACCACCGUGGUUGAGUUCAUUCAGGAGCCCGGGAAAUAUAGCAAACGUUUCAAGCAACGCAGACUCAUCAUCUUGGACAUCAACAACGAUCACAAGGUCAUUCGUAUCGAGAUGAGACCCGUUGGUCCUAAGGAGUCAGUCGAUCCGGAUGCGCGAAUUCCGUACGGUAGUCCAAGUAUCUCAAUUGACAACUCUCUCUGA